AUGAUUUAAUAGUAUAGAUAAGGGAGAAAAACUAAGGGGAUAUUAUUGGUUUUGGAAGUUUAGUGGAAUUAAAAAUAACUGUAAUUAGGAUUCUUUUAAUAGAUUUGAGUGGAGUCUUUCAUCGUGAGAAGGAUUUGAAUAGAAUGGUUUGAAAUACAUUUUGAUUUUUGUUAAGGAUUUUAUUGGAGUUUGUUUCCAAAUCAACAAUAAAAAAAAACUCAAAAAAUUAUUUGAGUUAACGUGGAAGACUAUUUGAGAUAUGGCCAAAGAUAUAAGAAAUUCUCCAAAGACGUGUCAAUACUAUUUGAGUUAGAUCAAUACGUUUCCUUUUUCAUACAACUAAUCAAGUCAAAGCUAUAAUAUAUCAAAACGGGUCUUGAAAUAAUUAUGCAUUAAUAUUUUACAACAAAAGAACUCUAGAUAAUCUAUGAAACGAAACAAACAUAUAAAGUUCACAGAAUUGAGAGAGGAAUUGCAGUAAUGAAAAAAUAACUUACAUGUUAUCCAUAAUGGCGAUAGGGCGAUCGUACGGAACAGUCAGAUUCAGGACCGGCUUAUCAGGGGGACAAGCGGUGCGACCGCCCCGGGUCCAAGCCCUGUGUCCUCCCGUAUAAUACUAAUUAAGGGGUCCAAGUUUUUAUAAAUCUAUAUUUUAUAUAUAAAAAAUUAUAAAUAUAAUAAAUAAAAUUGAAAAAGAUCUAAAUUAUUUGAUAUGUAUUUAGUUUUAUUUUCAUUACAAAAUAUUACUGAUUGGUCAGAUACUUGCUAACAAUCAGACACCUGCAAAAUAUUAAGGAAAGUGAUGUGUAAGUCUUAAAAAAACAACAUAUGAAUAUAUAUUGAAUUGUUUUUGUCCAUUAAGGUACACAAAAUAAGUUACUUCAGUUUGCAUAAUGAUUUUUCUUUAUAAGUUGCAUGUUUGUUGGGUGUGUUUUAAGCUAGUUGAUGUAAACAGUUUAUAUAGAGAAACUUGUUGAUAUCUUCGAGAUAAGAAACAGACGAUUUAAAAAUAUAAAAUCGUUGAUAUUCAGAGAAUCUAGGUAACAAAGUCUGUUUAGUAACGAAUCAACACAUGAUAUAUGGAGAAGAUUUUUGAACGGCUCAUCAUUUGGUUCCCAACGUUUAAAAGCUUAAUGGUUUUUUAUUUUCUUCAACCAGAUGUCGUUGCUUGAUCUCAACAACUUCCAUGAUUUUUUCCCAACUGUAUCCAACAACAUAUGACUAUGAAUCUUCAGCUGUUAAGCACGAGGAAAAACUGCAAGACGGAGGUGCAAGGUUGCUCAGCCUCAGACAACUUCUUCUGGCUGCUCUUCAGGUUUUUGAGUUUCCAUUCAAAGCAGACGAGGUUCCAGCCGAAGGUUUGUAGGACUGCGUGACGGAGGUGCACGGUGGAGGAGGAGAGAAACGCCGAGUGGUUAGGGAUCUGGCGAAAAGUUUGGUGUCCUCGGAGGAGACGUCGGAGGCGAAGCGAGGUGGUGAAGAACGGAUGAGGAAGAGACGAAGCUAUGAGUACUUCAAAAGCCAAAUAAAAAGUGAUUUCAAUUCCUAUGAAAUCUACAAUACUAAAAGCCGGAUAUAUUGAGCAGAGAGCGUGCCACGUAUGAUUUUUAAUUCAGGCCAAUCAGGAGCGUUUUAUGUGACACGUCAUCCCGGGCUCGCCGUGCUGUUUUGUCUGGAGCGUUGUGGGCUUCUGUGGGCUUCAUCCGUAAUUUACAAAAGGGCUUUAUUAAACUUUUAUGUUGAUGCAUAUCACAAAAAAGAAACCUCGGAGGCUCCGUCGAAGGAUAAGAAUCUCAUCGCCUCUGCCUCUUCGUCUUUUCAUCGCCUCUACCUCUUCGUCUUCUUCGAUCGAAGAGCAGAGAAGCCGAGAUUUAAUCGAGCCACUUCUUCACAAUCAAUACCUCCUUAAUGAUUUCGUUUCAACUCCCCCUUUUCAUCCUUCUUUAUAUACUGAUCUUCUUUAUUUCAUAUAAACCAAAACCCUAGAACCACUCAAAGCUCGAUCUAUGGCGAUGAAACGAAAUGGGAAGUCUCAUGUCUCCUCUGACUCUGAUGAAAAGGUCAUGUUCUUCAAGGAUGUCUCUCUAGGUCCUCACGAAACUCAGCUUCGCUUCCGACUCAUCCAUUUCUGGGAGGCUCGGAACCCGGUGUAGAAGACACUGAUUGGCCUCGAAAUGCUCCCCAUCGACGAACAGGGAACUGUUAUUCAAGGAUUCAUCCCACCGCGGCGAAUUAAGAAGUACUUGCCUGAGAUGAAACGCGGAUCAGUUUACAAACUCAUCAAUUUCUACGGAUCGAAAAACAAACCGGUGUAUCAGGUUGCUGAUCAUGUCGCAACCGUGUCUUUCGCAUGGAACUCUGAAAUGUCGGUUCUUCACGAGAUUCCCAUCUCUUUUGAUGAAGACCGUUUCAGGUUUCAUUCAUACGAAGAUUUUGAAGCCAACUGUGAUCUCAAAGGUGACCUCUAUGAUGUUAUUGGCCACAUGAAGCUGGUCGAUGGACAGACUCUUAUUGAGCGUCCCAGCCUUGACGAUGUGAAGAUCGCUACCACUCGGCAUAUUAUGAUUCAUGUGCAGUCGCAUGAUAGACCUGUGAUGAAGCUCUACCUUUGGGACCAGACUGCAACAGACUUUUGCAAGAAAUUCAACUCCUGUGAAAACACUCCCACAGUGCUUUUGGUCACAACUGUUAACACUAAACAUCUCGGAGGUACCCUUGCCUUAUCCUCUAUGUCCUCCACACGGGUCUUCAUGGACUAUGAUGUCCAACCAACCAGGGAUUAUUUCACCUGGCUGGGCUCUAACCAGAGAUUGCUGAUCAAGUUAGCGAAAACGUCAUCACUAAGCGUGAGACACUGA